CAAGCUUUUUGCAGCAGCUCGACGACGCUAGCUAGUUGUUAGCUGCUUACGCUAGUUGGCUGCUAUAGUCGGUUAGCUGUCAGCCUGACGUGACUUGUAGCUGGAGGCACACACAUAUACGGUGCACACGCGCGCGCACAAGGGGGCUCCUCGCCGAAGGUCCACUCGCCACAUUGACAGUUGCAGCCCUGAGAAGUGAGCUGAUUAGUCUUGUGUUGGAUUGCACACAGUGGUGAACCAGGAACAUCCGUUUGAGCUUAGAGGAAGUACACUCCCCCACCAUCUGCUUCCUGAUUGUUUCCCUUUCGUUUAGCUAAGGAAGAUACAGUAGUGUGAUUUCGUCUUGGCCACUGUGAUCAAGGACAGAUCCACCGUUGCUGCUCUUUUAAAUUUGAUGACAACGCUGUGAGAAAGACACCUUUUGUCUCGUCAUUGCCUGGAGCUGCUUUUGCAAAACCAGUACCAGCUUUGCAACAGACAAGCGUGCAGACUUGAUAAGGCACUGGAAGGGAGCAAAGGAGGACUAAAUUGAAGGAUUAGCUGCUGCUGUGCAAGCGGGGACUGGACCAGAAAGCGCAGGCCCACUGGGAGUCACCUCAUGCAGCAGGGACACUAAGCUUCCUGUCGGACCCCUCCCAUCUGUGUCGUGCUUGUUUUCUCUUUUCCUGCUAUCUCAUAGAUUUGGAUGAUUGAGCACAAGGGCCACUUUGAAGGAGCCCACCGGUGGCUGUGGCCUGGCCAGAGCUGAUGGACUUCUUGCCAGCCAUUGCUGAUUUAGUCACUUUGUUCACAUCCACUGCAGCUACUGCCGACUUCAGUGUAGUCGCCAGUAUCAUGAAUGGAGGCUGGAGGACCCAUUUGUGAGGAACUAAACCCUUGGGAUUGACCUAUUUUUCUCUGUUGGUUGAAAAAGCAGCUGGAGUUCUCCUAGAAUCUGUAGAAAACACGCUCUAGGGGAAGAUGAAGCUGAGGAAACAGGUGACAGUGUGUGGAGGGGCCAUCUUCUGUGUGGCUGUAUUCUCACUCUAUCUCAUGUUGGACCGUGUCCAGCAUGACCCUACGAGGCGACAAAAUGGUGGAAACUUUCCACGGAGCCAAAUUUCCGUCCUGCAGAAUCGGAUAGAGCAGUUGGAGCAGCUCCUGGAGGAAAACCAUCAAAUCAUCAGUCACAUAAAAGACUCUGUGAUGGAGCUCACAGACACGGGAGCAGUGUCUCCCAGUGGCCACCUGCCCUUCAGGAGUGCCAAUGGCUCCUGGGUCCUUCCCUUUGACGGCCGCCCCACUUUCCUUGCUGUCAAGCCCCAGGACUGUCAGUUGGCUGCAGGCAGUCCCAGUCAGGCAGACGUUCAGAUGUUGGAUGUAUACUCACUCCUAAAGUUUGACAACCCGGAUGGUGGUGUGUGGAAACAGGGCUUUGACAUAACUUAUGAUGCUGAUGAGUGGGACAAAGAACCUCUGCAAGUGUUUGUGGUGCCACACUCUCACAAUGAUCCAGGUUGGGUUAAGACUUUUGACAAGUACUUCUUAGACCAGACGCAGCAUAUUUUAAACAACAUGGUGGUGAAGCUGACCGAAGAUCCCCGCAGGAAGUUUAUCUGGUCUGAGAUUUCCUUCUUCUCCAAAUGGUGGGAGAGUGCUGAUGCCCAAAAGCAAGAGGCAGCACGCAAACUGAUCCUCCGGGGACAACUAGAGAUUGUGACAGGAGGCUGGGUGAUGACAGAUGAAGCCAACGUUCAUUACUUCGCCAUGAUAGACCAGCUUAUUGAGGGACAUCAGUGGCUAGAGAGAAACAUAGGGGCAACACCCCACAGCGGAUGGGCAAUAGACCCUUUUGGUCACAGCUCUACUAUGGCCUAUGUGCUGAAGAGAGCCAACCUGACCAACAUGCUCAUCCAGAGGGUCCACUACUCAGUCAAAAAGCAUUUUGCUGCCACACGCAACCUGGAGUUUAUGUGGCGACAGCCCUGGGACGCUGGAUCCAGUUCAGACAUCUUAUGCCACAUGAUGCCCUUCUACAGCUAUGACGUGCCUCAUACCUGCGGGCCUGACCCAAAGAUCUGCUGCCAGUUUGACUUUAAGAGGUUACCCGGCGGUCGAAUCAACUGUCCGUGGAAAGUGCCACCCAAGGCUGUGGUGGAGGCAAAUGUAGCAGAGAGGGCACAACUCCUCCUUGAUCAGUAUCGCAAGAAGUCCAAACUUUACCGUAGCAAGGUGCUUCUCAUCCCUCUGGGGGAUGACUUUCGCUAUGACAAGUCCUUGGAGUGGGAUCAGCAGUAUAUCAACUAUCAGAAGCUCUUCGAUUACAUGAAUUCUCACCCUGAGAUGCAUGUCAAGGCUCAAUUUGGAACUCUCACAGACUACUUCAAUGCGCUGUAUAAAUUCUAUGGAUUGGUCCAAGGAUCCCGACCUCCAGACUUCCCCGUGCUAAGUGGGGAUUUCUUUGCCUAUGCAGACCGAGAAGACCACUAUUGGACAGGCUACUUUACAUCCAGGCCCUUUUAUAAGAGCUUGGAUCGUGUCAUUGAGUCACACCUCAGGGGAGCUGAGAUACUGUACAGCUUAGCUGUUGCCAAUGCGCGACACAUGGGCAUGGAAGGACGUUAUCCAGUCUCAGAUUACGGCCUCCUCGUUGAUGCCAGGCGCAAUGUGGCCCUCUUCCAACAUCAUGAUGGCAUCACUGGUACUGCAAAAGAGAAUGUUGUUGUCGACUAUGGCGGCAGAUUACUACGCUCACUCGUUGGCUUGAAGAGAGUGAUCAUCAAUGCUGCACAUUUCUUAGUAAUGAAGAACAAAGAGUUCUAUCGCUUCUACCAGACAGAGCCUUUCCUAGACAUGGAUGACAGGCGUGCUACUCAGGACUCUCUACCUCAGCGCACUUUAAUUGAGCUGGAUCCAGCAGGGCCAAGGUACCUCGUCCUGUUCAACCCAUUUGAGCAGGAACGGCUGUGUGCCGUGACUGUGUUGGUCAACACUGUCAGGGUGAGGAUCCUCACUGAGGAUGGACAGACCCUCCCUGUACAGCUUAGCGCUCAGUGGAGCUCGUCGAGUCAAAUGAGUGCAGAAGUGUUUGAGGCUACAUUCAUGGUGCGUCUACCAGCGCUGGGUCUCGCUGUCUUCCAUCUGUAUGACUCUCCGGACUCGCCCAUGACUCUGCGCUCGGACACCGUUCUCCGGCUACCGGGAGGCACCCGCACUGCCCAAGCUUCAGACCCAUUUCCUGUUCGGUCUCAGCAGGCUGAGCCUCAGACGUUCUACAUCAGCAGCCAGUUUCUGACACUGGGCUUCUCUGGGACGACAGGCCUGCUGGAGACUAUCAAACACAAAGAUGAUCCUCAGGAAAUUAAGGUUCAGAUGCACUUCAUGGUGUAUGGAACUCGUCCUUCUAAGGACAAAAGUGGUGCUUAUCUUUUCCUGCCCGAUGGAAAAGCAAGGCCAUACCUCUACCAAGAGCCACCUGUGGUGCGUGUCGUUGAGGGACCUCUCUUUUCUGAAGUUGUGGCAUACUACCAACACUUUCAGCAGGCAAUUCGCAUCCACAACGUGCCAGGUGUGGAUGGCCUGUCUGUGGACAUCACCACCACAGUGGACAUCAGAGAUCAGAACAACAAAGAGCUGGCUCUGCGACUGGUCACGGAUAUCCAGAGUGGAGACGUUUUCUACACAGACCUUAAUGGCUUCCAGAUGCAGCUUCGUCAGCGCCACGAGAAACUUCCUUUGCAAGCUAACUUCUUCCCAAUGCCCAGCCAGGCUUACAUUCAAGACAGCCACUACAGGCUAACGCUGCACACGGCACAGUCUCUGGGUGUCAGCAGUCUGGGAAAUGGCCAGCUUGAAGUAAUUUUGGACCGCCGACUGAUGCAGGAUGAUAAUCGCGGGCUGGGACAAGGCCUCAAGGACAACAAGCAGACUGUCAACCGCUUUCGACUACUUCUGGAGAGGAGAUUGAUGGGCAACAAGAUGACGGACAGCUCCACGAUGAGCUUCCCCUCUGUGCUUAGUCACAUGACCAACGCCAUCCUGAAUCAUAACAUUCUGGCGCUACCUGUCCUGCCUAAAAGGCGCGGCGUCCCUCUUCUGCAAACCUUUGCGCCACUCAAGUCAAUGCUGCCCUGUGACUUCCACCUUCUAAACCUUCGCAGCAUCCAGAGCCAAGACCCCAAUGCUCCAUCACCAUACACAGCUUUAAUUCUUCACCGUUUUGGCCUCGACUGUGCUUUGGAUGUUCCAAACUUGGGCUUCAAUUGCACCACCACCCAAGGACAGCUGAAUGUUUCCAGCCUCUUCAAGAACUUGGACCUGCAGUUGCUGCAGCCCAUGUCUUUGACCCUAAUGUACUCUCGUCCACCACUGACCAACCAGUCCAGAGUCAGCCUGGAUCCGAUGGAGAUCUCUGCCUUCAAGCUCAAACUGUGCUAGGACCCAACCGGAUACAGCAGGCUCAGACUCUUCGGAAUGAGAACUGGAGCCUUGCCGGACUUUGGACCGUCACAGGGGACUCGGAUGCAGCUGUGACGAAAGCGAUGUACAGAACCACAAACUCUCUGAGAACACGACUGCAAUAGGUUCUGCUUCGUAAGAAUGUGUUCGUUCUCGGCUUUCAGCCUGGAACUGAACUACUGAAUGUAAAUAUCCCAAUGAUGUGCAGGUAGGAAUAGGGGAGGGCUUCAUUAAAAAAAAAAAAAAUCGUUGCCACAUGAUUGCAAUUUUGAAAGCUUUGUUUUUGUUUUCGGAGCUUUUAUUUUUAAUUUUCUAUGCUCAGACUGAUGUUGGCACAAAUUGCAAUCUUUUUUUGUUUUGGCCUCAAUUCAACAAAUACACUGCGGUGUGGCUAUUUGGAGGUGCAAGCGGCUUUUCGCUCAGUAGUAAUAAUGGGAUCAUGGGAGCGCUCCACUCAUCAUUCGGAUCGUCCUUGUCACUGCGGGCCAACAUGUGUCUUCAUCCUUGUGUUGGCGCAUCACGGCUAAGCGGCUGUGCGUGUAGUUGUGCUUCGCCAACGCUACAGCGUGUAUGUGUGUGCAUGCAACGUCCUAGGCUGCCACUGCCCUGUUGUAUUCAUGCGCCUUUCACAUUGACACAGUAAAACAUUCAAUAGUAGGACACGUACAAUUAAUUAGCAGGAUGAAGCUGAGUUGAAGAAUGGUGCAAAGAAGCAUCUGGAUAAGGAUGCAAUUUGAUGUUAGCACACAUUACAAUCAUUUCAUUUGUUUUAAUUAAAUGUCUUUUUUCCCCCCUUUCCUCAAAUGCCAACUACAGGGAUGGGGGGAGUUUGGGGGCUUGUGCUGUUGGGGUGGGUGGUGUAGUUUGUGGGGCUUGUAUUCCAAAAGCUAUAAUGCCCCUCCCCAAUCUACUGUAUCUGAGGCCCAGUGGUUAGGCACCAUUGGCUGAAACAACAAAUCUAAAGCUGUCUUAAGACUUUUUUCUUUUUUUUCUUUGUUUUUUUCACAGUCCUAUUAUAGAUGGACACAAGGAGUAUGUCAGGGCCAAUUCCUGAUGCUGUCACUGCAGUUUCAGCUCAGGAGCUGAAUGCAAAAACGAUUUCCUCUUCAGUUUGAGCCAUCCAUUUUUAAUCCAUCGAAAUUAAACUAUCAUUACACACUCUUAGCAGCUUUAAGAUGUCUGGGCUCUUUAAGUUAUGAAGUCCAGCUCCACAGAGUGUUGCGAUGAGAGGAGAAUCCUAUAAUCCGAUUUAUUGUAUACAUUAGUAAUAUUCCAGCGAUCAUGGAGAAAACGUGUUUAUGGAUUCAGUUUGGUCAAAAGGUGGCAUGUUUGAGAAUUUACCUUCAUGAAAUGUAGUUUUUCUUUUUCUAAAAGCAUCAUAAUGAAAAUUCCAGGCGCCUGUUUUGCAAGCAGAUGGAUUGCUUCACUUUUGCACACACAGCCUGCUGUGACUGAGUUCUGCCUCCCAAUUUUGACUGGAGGCAAGCCGAGUGACACUGUAAGCAUAGCUGGCUGAUGUGUGUGCCACUCUGGGCUACAAAAUUUCAUCUCCACCGUGCUCCUUCAUUUUCCUGAGCCUCAGUCUGUACUCCGCAUGGAGCUGUAGCCACCCAUUUUUGUUAUGCCUAACUGUUUGGUUAGUUCAUUUCCCUCAGGACUUCUGUCACAAAUCAACAUGUCCUGGUCUGGCUUUGAUUAACAUUUCAGUGAGAAAACAUUGAGUUGCACUUUGUUCUUUUCCAUCCCUCAAUUUCAAUCGCCGCUCUUUCACUGUGUCACAUGGAAAUUAUGAAAGUUUGUCCUUGGGGUGGGGGGGAAAGUAAAAUGAAAAAGUGCUAUUUGCUGUAGCACUGUGUUCAAAGGUAAUAUAUGGUGGCAGGCUAUCUUCUGUAUUAAGUCCCCGUGGAAUAAACAUGGAGAGAAACUUAAUAAAGAAGAAAAUUCUACGUUG